GAAGAAUGGCCUCAGUAAUAGAAGUGAGAUGUUUUCAACACUUUUUCAAAUCCGUUAGAAGUCUUCAUAUGUAAGGUCUAGCGGUCUUGACCUUGCAAAUAGAGUCUUUAGCCAAAACAGGCCGAGCGGCUACAAUGAGGAUUUAUCAUUCUUUACUCAGUGCUGCCAAGUUUAGGACAGUGUUUGACUUUGGUGAGCGAGAGGUGGCGCAUUGGUUCCCUGGACAUAUGGCUAAAGAGAAUGUGCCUUUUGAAUGUUUGAACCCCAUUGUUUUCCUCUUAAAACUUCUUUAACUGGCCAACAUACCAUUUUCUGGAAGAAAUUCAUUAUUUCAAGAGAGCCUUGAUGUCUGGCCACAUUUACUUGUUCUGAAUAAGAUGGAUCUGGCAGACACAUCAAAAAAGCAGGUCACAUGAUCUUAUGCAUUUUGUUACUGCUUUGAAUUUAAAUUUAAGCAAGAUGAUCUUAAAGUACUUAAGUGGUAUGCAGAUAAAAUGGAAUAUAACUGGCUGUUUUUUUGCCACCAGAGUAUUCUAAAAUGACUUGGGAAGGUUUGAGGAAUGUUUUGUUUACAGACUGUUUAAGACAAAGAGAUGAGAAUGUAAAAAAGAUUGUUCCUCUCGUGACAGAGUUGAUAGAAAGAUGGUCAAGUUUUCACAGAGAAGUGGAGAGAAGUUACUGCCUGAUGGUCAUUGGUGUGCCAAAAGUGGGGAAGUCAUCACUGAUUAGCGCUGUAAGAAGAACUUAUUUGAAAAAAGGCAAAGCUUCCAAAGUUGGAGGUGAACCAGGAAUUACAAAAGCUGUCUUGACCAGAAUUCAGGUCUGUGAGCGACCCAUAAUUAAUUUGCUUGACACCCCAGGAGUUCUGCCACCUAGAAUAGAGAACAUAGAGACAGGAAUGAAACUUGCUUUAUGUGGUACCAUUCUGGAUCAUUUAGUUGGUGAGGUUAUCACUGCAGAUUAUCUGCUGGUUUCUCUCAACAGACUGGAAAGAUUUUGGUAAUAUUACAGUCCAAUUACCAGACUACACUGCAGCAGCAUAUGAUUUCAUCAGAGCAUUCCGGAAAGGAGAACUUGGAAAAGUGAUGUUUGACUAAAACACAUGGACGUUUUUUGUCAUUGCAAUUGGGUGGACUAUUGCAAUGGCAACUUAACUUUACUGUGUGUAUGUUCAAGGCUGGACACUGAGCACAUAAGAUACGCACAUUACUUUUAAUGUUUUAAUUAAAAGAGGGUGCACAAGGGAUUUUGGACACAUGUUUGUUUUAUUGUGUAUUGUGUUUACAGUUAUCAGAAAAGGAGAAUUGAGUGUGUUUUUUCCUGACUGGAUUUGAAGCUGCAAUAAAUUAUUCGGUUUCAUAUAUCCUGGUGUAAUUUUAACAGCAUUGUUGCCUUGUAUGUGUAAGUUUUUAUAAAAAAGCAUGGAUUACAAUUAAACAACACAAAAUGACUUAUAAUCAUUUGAUUUCCAGUUCUACAUCUGCUGAUAAUAUACUUUUGCAGACUAGUGCAUCCGUUUAAUGAAAUAUUUGGCACACAAUUGCUUUAAUUUCUAAUAUUAUUAUAUUUAUAUCUAAUGUUUGGCAAAUAGAACUUGUGUAGUGACUUUAUAUAUAAAAACACUUCUUAAUUUCUUCACUUGCACCUCUAAUAGAUACUGCAUUCACAUUGCUUUGUGGAUUAUCAAAAGUGUCUACUAGAAAUACAAAAUGCUUCAAAUAGAUCAAUAUUUCAUAGCAUGACAAAAACAUGGAUGUUUUCACAGCAACAGAAGUACAGUUACAGAUAAAUAGAGUUCUCAAAUUGUUACAGCAUCCUUAAAACUACACACAGUUAUUACAGUUAAAUGUGAACAUAGACAUUGGUAAACAGGCAAAGGUUCAUACAAAAGGUUUAUAAUUAUGUAAAUCUCAGAUGCUCAAGGACAGUGGUGCUUCUCCACAGCAGCACAACAUUAACACAGUAUUUGUGCCAUCCGGUGCAUGAUUUAAGUAAUAACCAGCAUAAUUUAAGUAGUCUAUAAUUGUAUAGUUACUAAUGCUUCAAUUGAAGCAAACUAUGCACUCCAACCUUUCAGAUCCUAUUACUAAAAUGCUUAGUUGCUAACUAAAUAUACAGUGGUUUUGAAAUGUUUCUUUAUCUGCUUAUCGUCGUGCAACAAAAUACACAUUAUUAAACAUUGGUGUAAUAAAUUUGUUGCACAGUAACAUACAGUAUAUAGCCUAG